AUGAUUCAACCCCAAUGGCUUCGUCGCGCCGCGACAGUCCUCCCCCCUUCAAUUUCAACCCGCCGUCUCUCCUCCAAAACCCCAGCACCAGACACACCCUGGCCACUACUCAAAAAACGAACCCGACCAUCACGAGACGACGACCACAUCCACAGCGGCGGCACAGCGCUCAUAGAAUCCCUGAAAAAGCGACAAAACCCCAUACAAGCUGAAAUAACACCCUCCCCCGACACUCACGAUGCCACCUCCAGCGCAGACUCCCGCACCAUGCUCAUCCUCCACGGCCUGAGCACGAACCUCAACGCCAGUGACUUCUACCGCCUCGCACCCAGCGACCUCUCCUCCUGGCAAAGCGCAAUUAAAAAAGUCCAGCAACAGCGAAAUCCUACGACGCUCGAACCCCUGGGCCGCUAUCACAUUUCCUUCUCGUCCUCUGAGGCUGCAAUGUCCUACCGCGACCGACUCUUCCGGCUUCAUAAACUGGUCCGCCAUAAACUCGCCUCCGAGACUGGGCUGUGGAAAAGCGACGUACCAAGACACCUACGGUCCCCGGAUGGUGAUGACCCUGCUGAGGAGCUGGAAAAAUUUACAAUCACAUCUGGGACACAUCGGGCGGUGGAUGUGGAUCGACGGCGUGUCUCGGGCGCGCAUAAAUGGGCGCAAAAACUGGGCGAGAUUGCGAAGAAGUUCGAUUACGGGGAUAAACCGCCAGUGGUGUUGGUGCACGUCUCUCCGCCAUUGACUGCCGAUGACUUGGGGAGGUAUAUACGUGAAGAUGGAGUGUCAAGGGCCUGUGAGUGGAAAGUAUGUCCGCCGCAGGAACUACAAGCGAUGGUGGUGGACAGGGACGUGGGUAAGAAUGAUGAUGGGGACGGGACGGCUACGGAAGUGGAUGUGCGGCCGCAGACGCAGCGGGAGAUCGAUAUCCGGGAAAAGAUCAAGGGUCGGUUUGUGGUGGUUUGUGCCAACGAGGCAGAGGCACGGCGGUUCCAUCGGCACUGGAAUCAAAAGACCCUCACGGCUGGCCCGGGGGACACAGCGGCAAUGAGAAGUAUAGUUCAUGCAUCAAUAAUAAACUGGUAG